AUGUCUCGCACUGCGCCACCCGAUUCGCAAGCCACCGUCGCCACUUUAUUUGCAGGCCCGGGCAGCGCCUCGAAUUCAACCUCGUCAGUCAGUGAAAACGUGGGUUUCCGAUUCGUUCUGGACCGGACCGUCCAGACUCUCUCCAGCAACGGCGUCCCCGAGUCUGGCUCCGUGUCGGGCCUUCUAUUCGUUCCAAGCCUCAGCCCCAAAGAUUCAUGUAAUGAGGACCUCGCCUCGCAUAUCCCAUCGAACGUGACUCGGCAUGAGGAUGUUUCAGAAUUCGGGUACCCGGUCAUCGGACUCGCCCCAUGGAUAUCCGACCACUGCACGCAAAAGUUCCUGGCUGCCUCGCGGGAUGUUGGCACAUCAGCUCUGGUUUUCUUUCAGCCGGACAGCAAUAAAACCGGGCUUCCACCCCCAGCGACCGACGACGGCUGGAAGUUAAAAGACGAGCGGUGGAGGGGUGACAACGAUUAUCCUGUCUACGCCAUACCCGGUCCUGCAGGUGUGACCUUGAUGCGAGAGCUCUCGUGGUUCUCUGACAAUACCUCCCAGAACUCGACUCGUCACAGUAACCGGGCUGCUCGAGAUAACGACAGUGAUCGACUAUUUACUAUGAUUGAUACCAGUAAGUCAAUUCCGGCUAGUAUAUAUGCGUUCUAUACUCAUGCGGCCUUAGACACUACACCCACCGCAGAACCCAGUCUCUGGAGCUUUGUGCUCGCCAUCUUGGGAACUAUAGUGGGUCUCACGCUGGUCUUGCUGGUUCUCUAUCGCAUGCUUCAACGGAGACGACGAGAAUUGCUUCGCCAGCGCAUCAAUUCUGGAGAAGUCGAUAUCGAGCAGCUGGCCAUGAACCAGCUCACAGUUCCCCGAGAAAUCGUCGACAAAAUGCCUCUCUACACGUAUUUAGGCUUCACACCAGAGCCGGAGUCAGGGACCCCUAAGACUCCUGUGCUCUCCGAUGUUUUGGAGGUUUAUGCCACCAGCAACGCCAGCACGACUUCGAUGCCAUCUGUUGCAGAGGAACGAAGAAAUACGGAGAGUUAUGCUGGGAUUCAACGACCCGAGCCGGCCGUCAUCAAACCUUCGACAGAUGGCGCAGAUGCUGAGCAAAAUGAAAGACUCUCAUCCCAAAAUCCCUUCCGGAUGAGCCAUACGCAAACCACUUGUGCUAUCUGCCUGGACGAUUUUGUGGCCGGGUCAACCACCGUUCGAGAACUUCCCUGCGGGCAUAUUUUUGACCCAGGAUGCAUCGACGACUAUCUCACCGAGACCAGUAGUCUGUGCCCUCUGUGUAAGAAGAGCGUCUUACCAACAGGAUCGUGUCCAAUUCCGGUGACGAACGAGAUGGUUCGACAAGAAGCGGCAACCCGGCGGAGCCGAAGCUAG